CCACACAUGCCCUCCAAACACAACAUCUGAUGACAACAAACAAACUUUUUGGUCAUUUAAACUUGAGUUGCGUUUAAAAGGCAAUCACUUACCACUCAUUUACCACUCAUUUUACUGAUCAUGUCUUCAAAAGUGGUAACUCUUGUGACCGGAAAUGAGAAUAAACUCAAAGAAAUUGUCAAAAUAUUGGGGAAAUCGCUUCCGUUUGAGUUAGUUUCAAAAGACGUGGAUUUGCCUGAAUUUCAAGGCGAGGAGAGGUAUAUAAUAGUCGCCAAAUGCAAAGCCGCCGCACAACUCAUCAAAGGACCCGUCAUUGUUGAGGACACUUGUCUUGGAUUCAACGCUUUGGGAGGACUUCCCGGGCCUUACAUUAAAUGGUUUCUACAAUCGUUAGGACCCAAUGGUUUGCACCGACUGUUGACCGGUUGGGACGACAAGAGUGCGAAAGCCAUCUGUAAUGUUGCCUAUUGUGAAGACGCCAACAAAUUGGAUGACAUCCACGUCUUCAGGGGUGAAGUGGACGGCCGUAUAGUAGAGCCUCGCGGGCCAACACAUUUCGGUUGGGAUCCAUGUUUUGAACCGUUAGGAUAUACACAGACUUUCGCACAAUUGGAUAAAGAAAUCAAAAAUACAAUGUCUCACAGAUUUCUGGCUUUUGAUAGUUUGAAACAACAUUUUGAAAGACGAUUAAAUGGU